AUGAAACCGACAGAUGCAGCUUCUGAGCAGGCUACUCUUCACGAGACCCCUGCCAUGUUCCGACCCCCGGUGAACCGUGCCAUGCGCACCCUCGACCGGUCAUUUUUCCGAAGAAAUGUGCCCCUCUCUGUCGCCCGCGUUUUUAAAACAAGCGAUAUUUCGAACGUGCGGAAGGAUUUGAUCAAGAGCCGCGAUAUCCUGCUCUUGCCACGCAUUAGCCCUAUCCGUGAGGUGAAGGACCAGGAUGGCAAGGUGUGGAAGGCUAUGAUGUUGCGCGAAGACUUGAAGGUUGAUGAUAAGGCGACAUGGUCGCCUACUAUCAACGAGCUCGUUAAUAAGGGAACGGUCGCCUUAGGGCCUUAUGAAUUGGUAUUGGAAUAUGAUCACUGGUCGUAUGCUGAGAUCAUCUCAUCAAUUCUACCUGAGGACCUGAUGGAUGAGAUCCCUCAAGGCUUUACCCAAGUGGGGCAUGUUUUGCAUUUAAAUCUUCGCGCCCAAUACUUCCCAUAUAAGCACAUACUUGCCGAGGUUCUUAUGGACAAGAACCCGACCGUUCGCACCGUCAUCAAUAAGACCGAAGACGUCGGCUCACAAAGCCAGUUCCGCACCUUCCCAUUCGAGCUGCUGACUGGCGAGAAUGACCUAAAUGUCAUCCAGCACGAGCAGGACUGCGAGUUCCGAUUCGACUAUGCCCGCGUCUACUGGAACAGCCGUCUGGAGACCGAGCAUCGUCGCCUGGUCGAGAAGUUCGCGCCCAGUGAAAUGGUCUGCGACGUGAUGGCCGGUGUCGGCCCCUUCGCCGUACCAGCAGGUCGGAAAAAGAUCUUCGUCUGGGCCAACGAUCUCAACCCCCAUGGAUUUGAAGUUAUGCAAGAUGCUAUCACUCGUAAUAAGGUGCAAGAUUUCGUUACCCCUUUCAACCAGGAUGGUCGGGAGUUCAUCCGUUCUUCGGGUCGGUUGUUGCUGAGCGAGAAGCCUCUUACCGUUACUAUCCACCCCAAGGUGGGCAGAGAGAAGCAGCGUAAGAUUGCCGCAGGCAACGGAUCCCCGCUACCCUCACCGAAGGUAUACACCCGUCCUACCAUUGUCAAUCACUAUGUUAUGAACCUACCUGCUACGGCCAUUGAAUUCCUCGAUGCCUUCCCCGGGCUCUAUGCUGGCGAGGAACAGAUUUUUGCGCCGAACACCGAGCAAAAACUGCCCAUGAUCCACGUUUACUGUUUCUCGGGACACUCAGAUAAUGAGGUGGAUGAUCACAUCGAUAUCUGCGAGAGAAUCUCCGAGCGCAUCGGGCACAAGAUCACUGUCGAUGACUGCGUGGGAGGCAAGGGUAACCAGGAAUUAGAACUCGCCAUUCACAAUGUGAGGCUGGUUAGUCCCAAGAAGCAGAUGUUCUGUGCUAGCUUCCGUCUGCCACGGGAGGUCGCUUUUCGGAAGCGCGCGCUGCCGCAAGGCGAGCUCGAAGCAGCCUCCACACUCAAGCUGGGCGCUGAUCAACAUACGCACACACUCUCACUUUCGGAAGCCCGACUCGUUAUCCACAAGGUGUUGGAGAACAAGCGGCGCGGAGGCAACAAGUACGAGGAGCCGGAAAACUUGACCAAGACUUUGGAUUACUUGGAUGUCUUUGCCCGGUUCAAGGACGAGGAAAAUAUCAAGGCAGUCGAACGCCUUUUGAACUCUCACACAGAGCUAGAGAUGUUCGAGCGGUCACAGCUGGGUAGUUUGUGUUGCGAUAAUGCCGAGGAGGCUAAGUCUCUCAUCCCGAGUCUUCAGAAUAAGAUCUCCGACGGAGACUUGCAAGAAUUGUUGGAUGAGCUGACCAAGUUGCGCAACUUCACCGAGUAA